AUGGACCAGGCGUGGUUGGAAAUAAUCGACCGGCUAACUAUAGAGGAUGCAAUUCGAUUAAGAAGAACGAGUUCAAAAGUCGAUAAUCUCGUUAGUAAAUCGUUAAAAUCAAUGAGACACUUGGAUGUUCAAAUGCAUUGUCCGUCGGUUAUCAGGGACUCUGUGGCAAUGGCUUCUGUGAUUGCCCAAUGUUCUUACAACCUUCAAACUUUGGAUCUCAAAAUCAGGUCAGACAAUGCAAAAUAUGCCGGAAUUCCAAGUGACGUCAAAAUUCGAAGAAAUGUUAUGACAUCGAUCAAUGAAAAUGCUACGAAAUUAAGAAAACUUCAUAUUGAUCGUUGUCGAAUAUCACCAGGCGCCAUUGGAAGUUUUGGAGACUUACCAGACAGUAUUGAAGAAAUAAGCAUCACAAAUUCAAUGAUCGAAUGUUCUGAAUGGGACGUCGCCACAAUCAUCAGAAAAUCAUUUGGCACUUUGUUGAAAAAGUGCCGAAAAUUGAGAUAUUUCGAGAUUUCUGGACAAUGUCUCAUGAACAGUCAUUUCCACGUGGAUCCAAAAAUCUUACAGUUCAUCUCAAAUACUGUUGAGCAUUUGGCAAUUGCAGUGGGACACUCUCUUACCAUCAAUAGCUUGGCGUUUUUGAAAGACAAACGACUGAAAACCCUAAACCUGCAACGAUCGUUUAUCUCUCCUUGUGAUCUCGAACAUAUUGUUGCCAUGGCCGACACAAUUACUCAUUUGGAUCUUUCGCGUUCAGUUAAUCUACUGGAUUGUAGGCAGAUUGCAGAACUUGUCAAUUUGAGACAUCUAUCCCUGAAGAACAACAAAGAAGGAGUUCGAGACGAUUCACUACAAUUGAUCAUCAAGAAUUGCUCAAAGUUGGAAGAAUUAUCGCUUGACUGUUGUGAAUAUCUCACUGUGAAUUCGUUGAUCACUUUGGGAAACCUCAACAAUUUGAAGCAACUUUCCUUACCUGGAAUUGUAAACGUCGAUGAUUCGGUUUGCUUGCAAAUUUCAAGAUGCUCGAAACUCACAUAUUUGAAUAUUAACUUUUGCAGAAGGGUUCAAAAACGCGGUCUUCUAUGUCUUCUCUCGUGUCUCACCUCUCUCGAUCACCUUGAAGUCCUCGGAAUCCGUGCCUACUCUCAUCACCUUCUCGCCUUACAUAUCAACUUUCCAAAAACCAUAGUCUCAGAUUAUGUCGAAUCAAUAUCCAUCAUAAUUCCACCUAUUCCUCCUCCGAUCCCUCCAUCAGCUAUUGUCAAAGCCUAG